UUUCUCAUAAAACAGUAAAAACAGUUCAGCUUUUUUCUACUCUUCUUUUUCCUCCUCCUCCUUUACUUCACUGUUUAUAUUAUCCCUGCUAGGGUUUUGAACCAAUCGUCUGAAUAGAUGGAGAGACACAGAGAUCGCGGAGAACGUUUCAACGAUCACCCGCCCUUAAAUCCUACUCCUUGGUAUACCAAUGCCCAAAGACCUAAUUUCCCUCCCGACUACCACCAUCAACACCACUAUCAUCCUUACAACCACCACCAUAACCCCCAGCAAUUCGACUAUUGCCCUACCCAGCAGCAAUUCGAUCAUCUGCCGGCCCAGCAGCAAUUCGAUCACCGGCCUACCCAACAGCCAUUCGAACACCGGCCUACCCAACAGCAAUUUGAUCACCGGCCUAACCAACAACCAUUCGAACACCGGCCUAACCAACAGCCAUUCGAGCACCGGCCUAACCAGCAGCAAUUCGAUCACCGGCCUACCCAGCAGCAAUUUGAACACCAGUCUAGUCAGCAGCAAUUUGAACACCAGCCUGGCAAUCAGCAUCACUUUGAACGCUUCCCGGAGCAGCACCAGCAACCGAUCAGUGAACAAAACGACGCGUUCUGGUCCAACGGUGGCAACGGUCCCAAUGCCGGUCGAAAAAGAGGGUUUCACGAUUCUGGCCGAGGAGCCUCUCCUGACCAUAACGAAGGAAGCAGUCUAGCAAAACUAUAUAUAGCAACGGUUCCAAAAACUGCAACUGAAGAAUCCAUCCGCUUCAUGUUUCAAGAACAUGGAAAUGUUGUUGAGGUGAUUCAACCAAAGGAUAAGAAAACUGGUGAACGACAUGGAUAUUGUUUUGUGAAAUAUGCAAUGUUUGAGGAAGCUGAGAGAGCUAUUGCAGCUUUAAACAAUCGGUAUAUGUUUCCUGGGGAAUCGACUACCAUCAAAGUCAGAUAUGCUGAUGCUGAACGAGACCGGCCUGGGCCACUUCCAGACAAAUUAUAUGUGGGUUGCCUAAAUAAACAAGCUUCUAAAAGGGAGAUUGAAGAAAUAUUUUCUCACUAUGGUCAUGUUCUAGACGUCUUCAUUAUGCGUGACGAGCACAGAGAACACCGCGGAUGUGGAUUUGUCCAAUUUUCUCAAAGAGAUAUGGCUCAGGCAGCUAUCAGAGGAUUAAGCGGAAUUUUCACCAUGAAAGGUUGUGACCAGCCAUUGAUUGUUCGAUCUGCAAAUCCAAAGAGACCUCGGAAUGGGGAACCAAGAGGCAAUUAUGCUUUUAAUAGCAUGCCUUCUGGCCCACAUCUUCAAGAAUUGGCUAUGAGAUCUAUGCCAAAUCUUGGUGAUUCUAUGGCAGGACAUAUACCGCCCAAUGCAUCAUAUCCCGGGCAGCACAUUUCUACAAAUCCACAACCACAGGGUGUUUCUCAUUGGGCAAACCCUCAAGUUGCAGCAUGUCAUGUUACUUAUCAAUCAUAUCCUCCAGUUCAGCAAGCACACUCACAACCAACUUCACUGCCAUCACAGCAAACACAAACUCUACAGGGAAGUUCUCAAUCAUCUCACCCAGCUGAUUCUGAGCAGAAACAGCAGCCUCUUAUACCACCAGCAUCACAAGUUCCAUCCCAGCAGAAUGGGAAUGUCCCCAAGCUAGAGUCUCCACAGACUGGAAGUAGCCAGCCAAUUGCUGCUACUUCAGUUGUGCCGAUAGUCCCCCAAAGUCUUGAGACAGUGGCUUUGCAAGAGUCUGAUUGGAGUGAACACACCUGCCCUGAGGGAAACAAGUAUUACUAUAAUUGUGUCACUUGUGAAAGCAGAUGGAAUAAACCAGAGGAAUUUGCAUUAUUUGAGAAACUGUUGCAGAAGCAACAAAAGGUGCAAAAUCCUAGCCAACAUAUUCAGCCUGACUCAACUGGUCCCUCUGUUAAGCAAGUUUCUCAAAGUCAAGAGGUGCAGCUUCAGACCUACCCAAUGCAUCUGAAACUUGAAGUGGAACAACCUUUUUCAACAUUGGGGAUGGACCAUAUGGAAAUCAAGUCAGAAACAAGUCCUGUUGUGGAUUUAACUUGUGUUUAACUGCUAUCAGGUGGCAGCAUCUUAAUUAUUCAUUCUGAUUGAAUCUGCAUGAUUAGGGGUUGUCCAGUUUGUCUAGCCUUUCAUGCUAUAAACAAUUUGCUAUUUCUGAUUUUGAUUAUAGCAAGAAACUCAUGUAGAUCAGGCACAUAUUCCCUUAGGCUUCUCUCUCUCUCUCUCUCCCCUUUCUGAUUAAUUUUGGGAUUGCAGUGAGUUUCACGGAACCGCAAGGAAUCUUCAAAGGUUAUGUUUAUCUGCAUUGUUCUCUCUUAAAACAAAGAAUUGACAUGGGGUAAGUUUAAUUAAGAACCAAAGUUGCAGCUUUGUAAAGCAUUUAUUAGUCAAAGGUGGAAGGAUGCUGCUGUUAUUACUUUCAGAGUGGCAUCAUUCAGUUGUUAUUAGGCUACAUAAAUACAUAAUAGUUAGUUUGUAAAAUAUCUCUAUUUUUCCUUAGCUUAGAGUGGUUUAAUGACAACCCUGGUAGUGAAAAUACUGACUCUUGUUUGUGUUUUUUUAACUUAUGUUGACGACAUUUACAAUUCUAAAUAGAACUGUAGACCUGUUGCUACA